CUUUGGAGGUGGAAAUAAUGGCCGACUCAGGGGAACUGGUUGUGAUGUGAAUUGAUAGUGAUAGCUGGAAAAAUGGCGUUGAAACAAUCUCCAAAACGCUCGUAAAUCUAUCGUGAUACAACGAUCGAGCACCACAGAUACAUUUUAAUCGCUUAAAGAACUACUACAAGCUUUCUCGGCCUCAUGGAUUGAGUUUACCGGCAAAAUGUUUUGCGCGAGAAUCGAAAUAUUUGCCUAUGGGUCACACACGAACGUUGGUCAUUCAUUGUAAAUCGCCUCGGAUUUUGUGAGAUAUUAAAACUGCAACUAUGAAUCCUGAUCCCAGAGAAUGUAACAUCAAGGUUUUCGCUCGGUUUCGCCCGCAAUCAGAUGCAGAAAUUCGGGCAGGAGGACAAAACGUGGUGUCGAGUCCAACCUCAGACACUUGCGUACACGGGGUAAGACCUAUGAUGUUCUUACUAUAAUAAUUGUAAAAGCAAACUUGCUGUUGUUUCUGGAAUUAUACUUCAUUCAGUUUAUCUUUGACAUUUCUUAUUGUUCCCUUUUGCGUGUUAGGGGAGGACUUACACGUUUGAUCGUGUUUUUAAAUCGAAUACUUCGCAAGAACGAGUUUAUGUUGAGGCAGCCCAGGUUAUCGUCCAAGGUAAGUCCCGUGGCUAAAAGCACACGUUUAUAGUGCCUUGGUGCCGUGUCUCAAAUUGGAUUUAAAUCUGUAAGUGUUCACUAUGCCCUUUGAUCUGGCUGCUUGCUAAAAGGAAUUGUAAAAACAACAAGGCGAUAUGAUAUUGAAAUAGUACAAAAAGCGUCGCCACGGUGAGUUCGAGCUUCUAGGAUUUCCAUUAUUAUCUUUAAAAUGUUUCAUGCUUUUACAGUCGAUGUUCGGAUCCCUUUAAGCAUUCUUUGAUUAUUACAAAAAUGCCAAAGCUCUGUUGAACUUAUGCCAGCUUGUGAUUCGCACGUCUCUAUUCUAUGGUAACACAGAUCCGUCCUUGCAGAAAUGCUUGUCUAAUUUUCCUACAAAAGGGGGAGAAAAUAUGAACUGUUGUCAAAAUCAGUUGCUGAGUCCGCAUUUUAAACCACCUGAAUAAACAUCAAUCGAGGAAAUCAGGCAGUUAAAAACUUGUCAGAAAAAAUGAUACUCGUUUGUGAAAGUUAAAUUGUCACGGAAAGAUGUCAAUUUCAAUAGCCGCAUCAGCGAGUUCAGUCGCCAUUUCCUUUCUGAAUUCCGGUAUUAUUAAUUUAUAUACCGCUUUGAUUUUGCAUUGGAAGUUUAUGAAAGACAUAUCGAAUUGCUUUCACGUUGCUAAUUUGUGGAACUUUUAGCCGGCGUAGUACGUAGUUAUACACCCAGGAACUGUAGCAUGCUCAGAGUUAAAGCCUCAAUGAAAAUGUAUUCGUGUCACACAUAAUCUACGGUAAACAAGACCCUCAGGACUAAACGACUUAAUUUUGAAUUUGUGGUAAGAAAAAGCGAGCAGUUUUUGGCACUUUGUUGGGUGCGCUUUUCUUGUUUUUGCUACGGAAUCGGUCGUAAAUUGUGAUUAGCUAAGGGAAAUAAUUAUUGUGUCAGGUUAAGUAGAUUUUAGUAUUGGUCUCUUUACCAACGCAACUCAUGCAAUAAAAUGUUCUAUUUAUUCUUGUUUAAUCACAUGGAUUUUUUUUACAAAGGCCAGUUUGUUCCUCCUGUUCAGUGUUGUCUGUUAAAAAUGUGAAAACAUCUAAGUUUCUUGUCUUGCUUGCUCCUCUCGCCUCUUAUCUAUAUAAAUCUGUCUCAACACAACUUCCUAAACCGCAACUAUUUUUGUUCCUUGUGAUUUUUUUCUGCUCGCGAGAGAGGUUAUGUAGUUUUGUUUACAGACCUCAUGUUUUUGAAUAGAACUAUAAUAUUUUACAUAUGGCUGAACUUGUUAAAUAUUAUUGUCUCUUCUCUAUGCAAAUUAUUUUCACUGCCAAAAGCUCUUACUUCAUCGAUAAACUUAUUACAGCUGACUGGGUGCAUAAUAUACACUAGUGGUCAUCUCAUUUUAUGUAAACUAAUAUUUAAAGCUUAUGUCAAGAGUUAAGUUCUUAUCUCGAUUUUUGAAUGAUCUUUCGACCAAACGAGUGCGAAUAUAAAGUAAAGUCCUUUACCUGAUGACGUUGAUUUUAGGCAAAUUUCACUCUAUCCUUAUUUAAUUAGGCAGUUUUACCUUCAGAAGGAAAUAAGGGCAUUUCUUGUUAUUAUUCGUCAAAAACGUUUUUGCUGUCAACGAAAAUAGGUGAUAAUGUGUUCCAUUUUUUAUAAUUAUUAUUUUGGAGUAUUUACAUUGUCCAAAAUCAUUCAAGUUACUAGUAAUUAAAUAAAAAAUUCCUCUUCACAUGUGCUCUAGCUUAGAGCUUCCUAUUUCUCAAAGUACAUUAUUUUUUCCUAGUAAUGGCUUGACAGAAACUUCCUGUUCUAUGCAAAUUAAAUGCCGCCAGUUCAAUAUUUUUCUAAUUUCUUAUUUCGAUAUACCAAAUGAACAGUUAUCCCAUUAUCUUAGUCUUACCAAUCAUUCAGUUUUUAAGGUAGCACGAUUCAGAUAAAUUUUGAUCCUAUUUCUCAUAGCUAUGUGUUUUCUUGAGAUACAUGCGUUUCAUCUAUUUUACAGUUUUCCCUUUCCAAAGAACAUUUUUCUAAGUUUAGGUAGAAGUGACCAAACUUUUAAGAAUAUAGAUGUACAUGUACAUGUACAUUUACUAGGAACAAACUUCAUGUUUCAGGAAAUCAUUACUGGCAGUGUUAAAGAAAUAAGCAGAGUAACCAGAGAUAUAUCAAAAUGUAAGAUCUAGAGAGAAGAAUAAAAAAAGAAGAAAUUUAUGAAAAAGAGUUAAUGGUCUCACAGCCACAACAAAUUAUUGAAUUGCAACCUUAAAUUUAUAGCACCCAUUUGAGAAUAAUGCCAAAAGAACCAGCCUUAUUGAAGACAAAAUGGCUGACUUGCCAGUAGAUUAUAGACCUGAUUUUGCACAAAACUCGAGUAGAGGUAGACAAUUAAACUUAGCUCCUCAGAAAUUGUGUAAGUGAUCAUCAAAGUCCUCAUACAUUACUUCAGAAAGAACAACAACAUUCCUAUGUAUAGAAUUGCCUUAUACAGUUUUCACUAUCCAGAUUUCUUCUCCCCUUAAAAAAUAUUUUUCUUGUACUCACAACAAGUAGUCACAAAAAGGACAUCAAAGUGGCAAUUUCGUCUUCGAAUGAUCACUUUGCACAAAGGGACUAGGGCGAGUUUCAAGACCGGCACCUUUUUAGUUGGGAAAAGUUAUCAUAAUGGCAAUUAAAACCAUUUAAACUACAAAAGAGGCUUUUGUUACUAUACCUCUAUUCAGGCAACUGGUGAAAAUUACCGCCACUUUUUAUAUCGUUAUGUUAUGUGCAGUAGGUGAUAUGCAGUGCAAAACAAGGGACUUACCUUAAACAGUGGAUUACAGGAGGUGCUGAAAAAGCUCUGAUUCAUAAACAUUGUAAGAAUGGAAAUACAAGUGUCUUUCAUUUUUUUCUUCAUAGAUGUCCUCAAUGGAUAUAAUGGCACCAUAUUUGCUUACGGACAAACAUCCAGUGGAAAAACCCACACAAUGGAGGUAUGUUUCUUCCUUAAGUUUAUGGUCAUGAUCUAGUCAAUCCUUACAUACUGCACUAAUUAUUACUUAGAGUCAUUUUGUUCUCAGAUGAGGUGCUUAUAUGUAAAAUGGAAGAUACGCCCAAAGCAUGUAUAAUAUGAUUAUUCAGCUUAACAGUGUAUGUUUGUGCAACAGCUAGUGUUGUUUCAAUCAUCCAAUGUUAUUGAUCAUUGAUGGAAAUUUUAAGUGAUCUGCUAAUCGAUUGUGGAAAAUGUGCAAUCAUUUAUUUUAAUGGGAAAAAAAUUCUUGUUGGCAACUAAACGUAUAAAAACUUUUGUGUUGCCUUUUUAAUGGUCUCAUAAUUAAGGAAGAAGAACAGAGAUUUUGAUCUCCCAAAGGCAAAUUCUGAACUCCCGGCUCGAUUUAUACUCGUGCCACAACCCUCAGGACACUCUGAUCACACUUAGCUACUGGAAAUCUAUCAAUAUGUCGAGAAUUAUCAUGGCUAAUUGAUUAUGAAUACACUGCAUUAAUAACCAGAAAGCAAAAACAAAAUGAUCGCACACCUAAAGAAAAAGCCACCAAUGCAGGCUACUACAUCUUCAAUGUAAACAGUUGAUAUCUGCUGCUGACCUGUAAACCACAUUAGUCGUGACAGGAAUCAAACCCCGACUUGUACAAUACACACUGUAUUUACUUAAAUUAACCCUUUCAAACUGCCAAAUAUGACCAAAGGCAAAUUCGACAAAAAUCCCAAAUUUCAUUUUGUAACAUGUUUUAAAACAAAUAACACCACAUGAAAGUACUUCCAAAGAGAUUUCCUUUGAAUGGUCGCACCAUAGGAUUUGGUUCAGAGAAUCAAAAGUUAGAACCACAUACGAAAUAAAUAGUACCAUGUGAAAGUACUGCUGAAGAGAUUUAAUUUGAAUGGUCGCACCAUAGGAUUUUGUCCACAGACGUAAAAGUGAGAACCACCUCACAAACGCCAUCAUCCACUCUGGCAGUGAAACGGUUAAAGUGCCGCCCCCAAUUAAGUGUGGCCCUUGAAUACUGUAAUAUUUCCUUGAAUAAUAGCUGUCCCUCGAUUAAUCGCCUUUACCCAAACUUAUUUGAUGGCAGUGUCAUCAGUUAAGUGUUACAAUGUACAGUACAUGUACAAUGUAUGUGCUUUCAUUCCUUUAUUCUGUGCUUAUUUCACUGAACUUUCCUGAUGUUUUGUUCAUUGGCAGGGUUAUCUUAAUGAUCCAGUUAAUCAGGGAAUCAUCCCCAGAAUUGUGCAAGAUAUAUUCAAUUACAUUUACAAUAUGGAUGAAAAUUUGGAGUUUCACAUUAAGGUUUGUACUUUUUAUAAGAACGUACACUGUGCUACUCUCAUUGUUUUUUCUUCUUUGUAUAAAUAGUACACUAGUAGUAGAGAGGCCAGAAACAACUUAACGGUUUUAAUGUUAUGAUUUUUGUUUCAAUUAAACAUUAAUGUAUUGGACUGGUAAUAUUCUUUUCUCAUUUUAGGUUUCUUAUUUUGAAAUUUACCUUGACAAGAUCAGGGAUUUAUUAGAUGGUGAGAUCUGUUUUAUUUCCAUGAUAUCAAUUUGUCAUUAUUUUGCAUUCAGUUUUCCACCUACUUUUAUUUAAAGAUGAUGUGUACUGUACAUACUCAGACUCGAUUGUAGCUCGAAGAGGUGGUCUGUCAAUCAUUAUUAUAAUUGGUCAUUGAUCAAAACCCUUAAGCGAUGUGAUGAUUGGUUAUGAAAACUGUCGAACAAUGAAAAAAUUAUUGUUAACAAAUGAAAAUAUCAAAACUUGUGUGUUUAAAUGGACUCAUAAUGCAGCUAUAAUUUAUUGGUGACCCUUUUCUCCUACUUUGUUUGCAUUUGUUGUGUGCUGAAAACAGGGCACAGUGGCCAUGCUUAAUUUGAAAAUGAUCCACAGCAAAAAAAAACUCAAAAGAUUUUAAUGCUUUGACUUGACACAAGUGAGAUUUUUUUUAUCAUAAUCAGUGAUUGGCUGGUUGUGUCUAUCCAAUGUUGUUUUUGAUGAAAGCUACCUUCCGUUAUUCUUUGGGAAUUUUAUUAUUGUAGAUAUAAAUUAAUUUGCUGGUGUAACUCUAUAAUUCAUAGGGUGAAUAUAGUCAGUGCACUUCCAGUUUUGGCACAAAAUAGGUUCAGAAAUGUUUUUGAGUUUAAAGGGGAAAGUUACCACAUUUAAAUGUGGAAGAAUACAUGCACGUUGUACUGUGAAUAACAAUGGAGACCUCACUAUUCAAAACCAGAACUGAUGGUGGGUAAGGGGGCAGAAGCAAUAAUCCUAUUAAUAUUGUGCUUCAUGCCACAGAAAUCCUGUUUAGCUGCAGUUCAUUGGCCCCAUGGCUCAUUUUUGCCUUUAUCUUUUAUCUUGCAUCAUUGCAUCAGCAAUUUUAUUGACAUUUUCAUGUCUUUAUUUUUUUUAGUGACAAAAACAAACCUAGCAGUCCAUGAAGACAAGAAUAGAGUUCCUUACGUAAAGGUAGGAAAAAGUGAAACAAGUUUUGUUGAACCAUAAGGUUAAAAUAGUAACUUCUAUUUCUUUGGUUCUUUUCAAAAAGAAUAGAGAAAAGAAAAAGGAAGAAGCAGAAAAUACAAAGAUUAAUAUUAGUUUUGUGGUUAUACAUGUGCAACAAUUUAUAUAAUCUGAGAAGUAUAACUACUCAUGACUAAUGAAACCAAUCAAACAAGAUGUGACAAUGUCUUGAUUAUCAAUUUGAGUCCUAAUUGUCACCAUUCAAAUAGAUGACUGUCCUGCUUGUCGUUCAUAAGUUUCUUAUCAGUUGCCUUUAAGUAGCUCUGGAACACUUCUUUGGAAAGCUAUUAAUUUUUUUUUUUUCAGGGUGCAAGUGAAAGAUUUGUCUCCAGCCCUGAAGAAGUCAUGGAGAUCAUUGAUGAAGGGAAAGCAAAUCGCCAUGUGGCAGUAACAAGUAAGUGGGUCUUAUGUACUAAGAUGGGAAAAUAAAUAUCAACCAUUUUUUAGAAGGAGGGGACAGUGGUGGAAAAUCUGUGGUUGAGUUGGUGAUUGUAAAGAUGUAAAGAGAAAGCUCUCCAGAGCAUGGCCUCUCUGAGAUGAUGAUAGGUAAUUAAAUUACCUAUCAUCAUCUCAGAGAAGAGUAGAGAAGAUCAUAAAAUAAUUGCUGUACAUAACAAUGGCCUUUUGGCUCUUAAAGUACCUAUUCGCCACUAAAUGUGAUCUUGUCGUUUUAUCCUGCUCCAGAUAUGAAUGAGCACAGUUCAAGAAGCCACAGCAUUUUUCUCCUCCACAUUAAACAAGAAAAUGUGGAGACAAACAAGAAACUGAGUGGAAAACUUUAUUUGGUGGACUUAGCGGGGUCUGAAAAGGUACUAAAAAAUAUUCACAAAGUAAUAGACACGAGUGAUGCAACUUGCUGCGUGGUAAACAUUGUAUAAGCUUGCAAGUAGUAAAAAUAGGGAUCGUUGGCUGGGUGCCCUGCGAUCAGAGGUUUUUUUCUGGCAUGGCUUUAACGUUUUCAAAGUCAUUCACAUAGCUUGCCACCAUGUGACUUCCAAACAGUUGCCAAAAAUUAGCACUUAAUAAAUUGCUUAAUGCAGCUGGGCCAUGGAGCUUUUACUUUAGUUUUACAAAAUUAAAAGCUAGUAUGUUAAGUUGGGUUAUGACAGGUUAUGCUGUUUGUAUUUGUACAUGAUUGGUAAAAUUUUAUGUUUUAGUGAAUCAUCGUAAUCUGUUGCUUAUGGACAUCAAUGACAUUAAUUCACUGCCAUAAUAAAAAUAUCACAAAUAUGUGGAUAAAGGACUGUCCUAGUGACCCCUUAAAUAGCUACUAAUUUUAAGUGCUGAUGACUGGUGCACUGUUCCAGGCCCAAAUGCAGUGUAAAUGUUGCUUGUCCACAUGUAAUAUUUUAUGUGAAUAAGACAAGUUUAAAUUUUAACUUUCUGGUAUUGCUUUGUCUUUAACAGGUCAGCAAAACUGGAGCUGAAGGUGCCGUCCUUGAUGAAGCAAAGAAUAUCAACAAGUCAUUGUCUGCUCUGGGAAAUGUCAUUUCAGCUUUAGCAGAAGGAACGGUAUGUUUUCCUGGGAAAAAAUAUAUAAUUAUACAGUGUAACUGAUGGAAGGUACAUGUAUUUGCCUUUAUGUUAAAAAACAAGUACAGUUUACUCUUAAUGCAAACACAAUUGAUCAAGUGUGAGUUCAAGAAGGUUGGAUACUGGCCAAGUUCCAAUCUUCUGGUUUAAUAUGAAGUCAUGGUCCCAGUUGGAAGCGAUACUUUAGGAAUUUUUGUGGAUUUGCUGCUGGGAUCCCAGAAACCUUAGCCUUUACCAGACCAAGUUCAGCUCAACUUUGCUUUCCUCUACUAGCUGACAUCACCAUCAAAAUCCCUCUCUAUCCUAAGAGUCACUAUUUUCGUCAAACUUCUGAGGUUGAUGCUUUCUUAGCUAUUAAAAUGAGUUGCGGUUAUAAUUUGCCAAUUUCAUUUUUUAAGCGUGUCAAUUCCCAGCUUCCCCUGUCUAGACUUAAAUUAUCAAUGAAUUGAUCAGUUACCUGGAAAAAUAAUGAAUACCCAGUUCUAGACCUUAGACCCAAACUCUCUGAUUUUUUAUACCCUAUUCCAGUCUAUUGCUUGAAAACCAUAGUAAUACCCUUCACAGUGGCACAUACUGUACCUAAUAUAUAGACCAUAAUUAUAUGGCAGUACCCCUCCCAGGGUCACGGCCCAUAAAAUGCAAAAAAAAAAAUGGAUUGAGACCAAUAUCCAGCCAUCUACCCACCUACCCCUCCCCUAAGCCAACAUUAUGCCCUAAGUGAGAAGUAAGUGUUGAUGUUGGCUUAGGGUGGGGGGGGGGGGGUGUAAGUGGGCAUUUCCCAGAAACGUAUAAUGAUCCGUAUGGGAUGUCCAAAUAACGUUUUUCUUGCAAGAGCAAAGCUUUUCCUGCUGGCUUAGGAAGCCAAUCAGAACACAGAAUUUGCUUAAUUUUUCCCCUGAUUGUGUGAAGAACAAUGAACCUAAUAAUCAACCUCAUUAUUUUAACAGAAAACCCAUGUGCCCUACAGAGACAGCAAAAUGACAAGAAUAUUGCAAGAAAGUUUGGGUAAGUAAUAAACCCACCUACCCCUCCCCUAAGCCAACAUUAACACUUACUUCUCCCUUAGGGCAAAAUGUUGGCUUAGGGGAGGGGAAGGAAGGCAGUAUGAUCCAUAAUAACUUGUAGUGAUAACAGACUUUGAAGAAGUGGUGAACUACACUGUAUGGGAGAUGACAUCAUCAGCGGAUCUGUAGUUCAAGAAAGUUGUAUUAUUGCAACCGUAGAGCUUCAAAAUUACAUCAAUAUAAAAUUAUUAUUAGUGCUAUAACAGUUCAGUGUUGUAAUUUUAUUAAAGUCUUUUCAAAAUGGUGAAUUACUAUUCAGCAAUUUAAGCUAUGAUUAACGUUAAUAUAAAUAUGAUAGUCGUGGAAUUUGACCUUCAAUUCCUCUUUGUGGUCAGCGACAAAUUUUUCCGUAAAAUAUCACACAGGUCAGGAGAAGAAGAAAAAUGAUCAGCUCAAAAGAAUCUUGAUUGUCAGGGGCUGAUCCCCCCGGUUUGACCGUUUUACUGAAAACAAUCAGAGGAAAUGACACCUCCUUUUUGAGGGGAGGGGGAACACGCCCUAGCCCCCCGCCCCCCUAAAAAAAAUUAACAUAAAUAGCGAUUUUGAAACAGUUUCUCCUUAUUAGGACCACAAGAAAUUUAUGGCCAACAUUUUGGAAAAUAUGCAUCCUGAUGUUAGAGCUUUUUGGUUAAAUUCUAUUAUUUUUCAAUACAGGUGGAAACGCAAGAACAACCAUUAUAAUCUGUUGCUCUCCAUCAUCGUUUAACGAAGCGGAAACACGAUCCACCCUCAUGUUUGGUCAAAGGUAAUGUUGAGAGAAAUUCACAGAUGCAGUAGAUACAAUUCAACUGUCUACAGAUCGAUAUUAACUGCCCGUGGCUAAAUUGAUCUUCAUCUAUGAUUUCUUCAACCUUGGAACUUCAAAAACUAAUAGAGUGUAGUCCAUAUUUCCCUGAGAGAGAGCCGAAGCAGUUAUUACUUUGCGCAGGUAGCUAAAAACCCUGGGACCCCAAGCAAGACUAAGGUUAACAAAUUUGUAUUGCCAAGCUGCAGAGAAAUCUUCAAUUAGCCUGUGUGCAGGCGCUGGUUAGUUUAUUGGUUAGUUGUUAUAAAGCGCGCGAGGGUUACACGCGCGCGCAUCCUCGAAAUUUCUCCCCUUUGCCAUAUUAGUGAUCAGCAGCUCUUCAGAACUCUACAGGGUACACAGAGCAGUUCUAAAAUCAAUGUUCCUCAGGCUUUGAUACUGUCAAUCUCUCUCACCGAGUCGAAGAAAGUUCUUGGAAAGUUUUAGAUUGUCCUCCUUUAUUUUGAGGUUUGAGGUUUUUGUGAUGAUUUAUUGUUAUAUUUUGCCUUUAACUAACACAACCUGCAAUCUUUAGAGCCAAGACCAUUAAGAACGUCGUGGUUGUUAAUGAAGAGCUUACUGCGGAAGAAUGGAAACGGCGCUUUGAGAAGGAGAAAGAGAAAGUGGGCAAACUUCGUGGAGCGAUCGGCAAAUAUGAACAAGAAUUACAGCGUUGGCGAGCAGGUAUGACAUUUCUGAGGUACAGAGUUGCAAGACAGGGCUGAUUGGUGGGUGGGGCACUCCCAGGGAAUUAUCUUGGUUAUUUGAGGGGUACAAGCUCCCCGCCCCCCAAAUGUCCAGCUUCCCCCUAAAAAAUGUUGUUAUCAUUACAGUAUAUAGGUAACUCAUCGGAAAAAUCAGCCAGACGCGACGAGGUCAGUGCACAUACUGGAACGUUUCUCAUAAUUGUGUCUCAAAAUGUAUCAGAUUGCAUCUCACCGCAUACUCAUUUGAAAAAAUUUCCGGGGAAACAAGUAUUCCCCCCCCCCUCCCAGGAAGCUCCUGGCCUUCGGCCACUCGGGACUUCUCCCCCUCGGGACUUCUCCCCCCAAACGAUAAAUCCUAGAUAGAACCCUGACUCCGGGUGCCUGUGUGCACACAAUUACUCUUAGUUCUGCGUUACUGCGCACACAUUGCAAAAUGGCGUCCAACAAGGUAAAACAGGUUUAUUAGGAGUGCACAGUUAAAUAUCGAGUACCCAAGGUGUGAACACUACACCAUUCUGUGCCGGUACCCGGGCACUGAGUCCUCGGGCAUGAAAUUUGUUCAUCCCAGGGGCUCUUCUGUUGUAACUUUUAGUAGUCCCUCAGGUUUGUCGUGCGGGAGACCACGUUACUUGCGAGCGAGGGAGGUAAACGUGCGAGGGCGGAGACGUCUUCUUCUUGCUCGCACGUAAUAUGCUGUCCCGCGCGACAAUCCUGAGGAAGAAGUAGUAGUCUUUUCUUUUACUCCUCUCGUAAACUUUCCCCAGAACGUUAAAGACGGCUCGACACAAGCCAGCGUAGCUAGCGGUUUGUUUGGUGAGAGGGAAAAACUCGCGGCUUCGCAAUGCGCUUGACGAACACAGCUUGACACAAACUGAAGAUAACUCACUAUAUUUCCCAACGCUGUCCAAUGUACUGAAUAGAUUUCCUUCCGUAAUUUCUGCUUUUUCCCCAGGUGAAUCAGUUCCCGAGAUUGAACAGAUGACCAAUGCUAAAGACAACCGACAUUCCCAGGUGUUUGAGAGUCUUGCUUUGUUAGCUCCAACACAACCUGCCGUGAGCGACAAGGAAAGGAAGAAAUUCGAAGAUGAAAAAUCAAAACUUUACACUCAGCUAGAUGAGAAGGUAAGGAUAAAUUAUGAUGCUUAAAAUAGUUGCUACUGGUAGGUGCGGCUUUGUGGUGUAGAGAUCAGGAAUAGCAUUUGAUUUCUUUGCUUUGACGUUCCAUAAUGAGUUCACAGGAAUGAGGGUGUAAGGGUAUCAUUUAUUUUCUCACAAUGUACUUGUCAGAAAGCCGAAUAGGGCCCUAACAGGCCCUUGACAAUACAGAAGUUCAUAACCCAUAAGCGCCUUUCAACUUGUCUCCGUGCGUUCAAAUCGACUAUGAGUUUAGAAGUGUUGCCUUUGAAGAAAAGGAAAAACUGGUGUACCUGGCGCGGAGAAAAACCUCUCGGAAUAAGAUAAGAAACUCGAUCCGCAGAGGAACGCCGGGCCGAAUCAAACCUGGGUUCCUUUGCUGGGACACGAGCGCCGGAGUGCUUUCACCUCUCCGUCAUCCUUGCCCCACAACAGCAGAGGCGACCACGACAUCGACGGCGACAGUAUAGCAACGGGAGCAUCUAAAGCGUCAUUAUAGGUUUAAUGAAACCUUGUCUUUUUACUCGACUUAGAUACGGUCCUUAAAAGUUGAACUCCAGAAAGAUUCUCUAGCAUUUGACAAAGUAGAACGAAAUGGAAUAAUACUGUAGCGAAUGAGCUUUGAAAUACCGCGAAUUCACUUUUUUUAGGUGACGUUUAUGCUGCCGUCCCUCUUGCCGUCGUGGUUGCUUAAACUCCUUGACAUUUUGUGGAUCAAUAACCGUUAUAGUCUGAAAGCUUGUUUUCGUUUGCGAGUGGCGAGCCGGAAGCGAGCCGUUCCUCGCUCGCCUGCAGCUCACGCUUGGCGUCUCACGAUAUUUCCCUAACGUAACGCUUGCUCGCAGGCUUUAACCGUCAGCAGAAGGUUAACUGAAGGGCGGGUCUAAGAUACAGGUCACUUUUCCGCAGGUUAGAGUACAGGUCACCUCGAUAGUGGCCAAUGAACAGCAUCAAAACUGUCUCCUGGCCCUAAUCUUUUAACAAAAUGCUCUAUUAGAUCGAUGGGAAUUUGUGUGGUUUGGUAAUUUAUCGAUGGAGCAGUGACCUGUGGAAUGUGACCUGAACUUUAGACCCAGCAAAUUCGGAAUCUAGCUCUUGGAAUCCGGAAUCCAAAGCGUGGAAUCCAGAAUUUAAGAUUACCUUACGUGGAACGACGAAUCGUUUUCUUUAUAUUUCCAUUUUCUUUCAAGGAUGACGAAAUUCAGAAGCAAGCGCGACUGAUUAACCAGCUGAAAGAACAGCUGAGUGAUCAAGAGGAGUCGCUGAAGUCCAGCCAAGUUGACACGGAGAGACUUCAGUCCCAGAUCAACACCAUGCAGAGCGAGAGCGAGACAUCAAAAACAGAGGUGAAAGAAGUGCUCCAAGCCCUGGAAGAAUUAGCUGUUAAUUAUGAUCAAAAGCUACAGGAGGUGGAGACGAAGACAAAAGAUAAUGACAAGUUAUCUGAAGAACUUUCACAGAAACAGGUGCAGUAUACUUGACACAUGGAAUUUUUUUUUCAUGUUAGCCUAAAAUAUCAGCGUAAUUUUGCCUUAAAUAUAAUGUUUGUCAUGCAUCCAUUCAUCAGUCAUAACUGUAAGUUGAAUAGUAAUUAUGAUCUAUCCAUUUAAAACUGAUUAAAAUAAGACAUUUGCAAAAUGACGUCAUAUUAGCACUAAGACCAGAAUCCUUCGGGGUUUUGCUUUCUUAUGCAAAUUAGGGCUUUUGUUAUUUAAACUUCUCUGGUGUUACCAAAUGAAGGAAAAACAACUGGCCUAUUAUGAUAUGUCACUCUAGGGGCUGCUUGCAAGUAAACGAGAGUCACUCGAGGACCGCAAAGAUUGCGUGUGCAGACUCAGAAUCACCAUAGAAAAGCCGCGGUGCUCACUAGCUAUCUAACUAGUUAGACUAAAACAAAUAAUUCAUCUAGAGACUCGAAUGUAAGCACUACCUUCAUCACACUUUUUGUCUAGGGGUAGGGUGGGGUUGAGGGGUUUUAAAAAAAGGCAACACCUUGACUUGCGUCGCGGUUAUUUGACGAUGCUUUUUUCUUUAUUUAUUUAAUCUAACAGGGACAGCUAAGCAAAGUGUCGAAAGAACUAGACGAGAUAAGGGACUCCACAUCAGCGCUAAGGAAAAGGCUGGCGGAAAUGAUGAACAGUUUGCUGUCCGACUUAGUAAGUGGUUUGAGUUAUACAACAAUUUACUUUCACUUCUCACAGAAUUUGUUUAGCAACUGCAUGGCUAAAUAGAGGUUUGUGCCUGGAGUAUGCCGGACGGUUUCACUUUUAACAGCCAGCCCCUACAUUGAAUAACAUCCCCAUAGCUGGCACAACGGCGCUACCCAGCCAUUAGCCCCGACACAAAGCGAAACAAAAAGAGGUACCGAUCGGACUGAAAAAGUAUCAGUGGAGAAAGAACAACAGGGUAGGGAGGGAGAAAAACUGGUUGCGGAAAGAAACCACGUGACAGGAACAACGAAGCACGAAGAAAAGUCAACACGCCACUGAAUCACGUGAAGAAUGUAGUGAGCUACCGAGCAUGCUCGUACCGACCGACGGCGGAUCACUAUCACUGAGGACGCUCUUUGUUGUUGACCUCUUAAAAAUUGCAUUUAUACCAGACUCCAAAGUUAGAACUACAUCCAUGUCUAUGUCACAGGUCAAAUUUGAUUUCAGGGUAACAUAUGUAGGUUGAUUUUUAAUUUCCUUCGGCUCCCUGCCCUUGGAGACAAAAGAAUAGGUUAAAUCAAGAUAAGCGUGAAAUCAAAUUAGACCUGUAACAUCUACAUAUUAAAGAGUGAACUAUUCGGUUAAAAGAUUAUUUUUUACAUUUUUAGGGUGAAAUUGGAAAUGUUAUAGGAGGAAAUGCAGCUGAGAUAAAGGUAAAGUAAGGCCUAGGACAAACCUUGAACUUUCCAUGAGACGAACCAAACUUAGUGAGUUGAGUUCGGAUCAAUUUAGGUUUCGAUUUUCUUUUAUGUAGGUGUUAAAAGCUUAUAUAGCUUUUUUUCUGUUUAAAUGCAGAAACCAAAUAUCGAUUGCAGUGGCAAAUUAGAUGAAGACUUUACAGUGGCUAGAUUGUAUGUGAAUAAAAUCAAGUCAGAGGUCAAGACCCUGUCCGUGGUAAGUGUUGAGAAUCGGCAGUACUACACAGGAGAGCGUUUAGCAAGCAGGGACUUUAAGAUCCAACGACGCGACGGCGACAAGAACGUCGCUUAAAUAGUGAAUUUGGGUUCUUUCAGUCUUUAUAGCGAUUAUUCCUACCCACUUACUUUGUCAAUUGUAGGCGAACCCUCCUGAAGCUGAAUUUCAAGGGACCAAAUUCAAGCUCAGAAAGAGAAAUAAAAUUUCGUCGUUGCUUGUUUACGUCCUCCAUAAAACGCGAAAUUAGGCAUUUUCACGUCGUAGUCGUGCAAAAACGGGAAAGAAAUGAACAAAAAAGUGUGAUGCACGUGCGAAGUUGUUGUUUUGCUAAUUAAACCAAUUGUUUUUUUGACGUUCUCGUUGCCGUCCGCGUCGUUGGAUCUUAAAGUCCCUAAUGCAUCCUGUCUACAUCAUUGUUUCGACAUCGUUUCGAAAGGCUGCAACAUUGCUCCAACAUUUGAAUCCUGUGUUGCGCUAAAAAUCGUCGUUGCGAAUCGUCUCGUGUAACGUCACAUAGUAGUGCACGCGAGUGAACCAUACUUUUUACGGGUUGUAAAAUUUCACAGCGUCAUUUUGGCGGGAAAAUAAGGUCGACGUGGUCAUUCUACUACGCGAGGUUUAGCGAGAGUGUCGUAGUGGCAGAAACAAAUUAUCGAAUGUUAGAAGGUCUAUCAUUUUGCGAUCGGGAGAGAGCUUAACCCUUUAACCCUAAGAUCCAAAUUUGAAUUCUCAUUUGUUGCCCCUAUUCAUUUCCUACAGAAGUAGUGGGGAGAAAAUGAUGAAAUAUCAAGCAAAUUCAUCUUGUGUGAUCAUGUCCAUAAUUCUCAUGACCGCUCUGUUUAACACUCUUAGUGCUUAAAGGGUUAACCUCCUCUAAUAAAGGCAGCAGUGCUAACUUUUCUGGUGAAAAAACGUACUAUGAUACACUUCGGGGUGUCUAUUUUUUUUACAAUACUCGAAAAAAAACUUCAAAUCAAAUCGCGUACUCGUAUUCGUUCUCAUCCUCGAAUCUAAGGGGCCGACCAUUUAACUCUUAAGGGGGGGGAGGGGGGGAUUUUGAAAAAAAAUUUCCUGCAAGCGCUUGUCGGAAGAAAAAAAUUGCAUGCAGCACAAAUGUAAUAAAGAGCUUAUGGGAAAAAAAGGGGAAAAAAUAUCCUGCCCACCAUAUUGCUAGGAAAAAAAUUCUUGAUGACCAGAAAUCACCCCCCAAGAGUUAAAUGGUCGGCCCCUAAAGGUCUCUAUUACCCCACUACUGUAAACGGUUUACAUCUUGAAAAAAAAAACGUGUAAUUUGGUUCAAGUUAAACUUCUGUGUUGCCAAAAAAAAAAAUGGAAUGAAACCAAAGACCUAACGCUUUGCUGGGUAGCUCUCUAGGAUCUGAGCCAACCGUGCCUCAGUUAGAGUGACUGGGCACUCGAGGAUUUCUUUACUUGUUUUGUGUUUAUUUCUUUAGCGAUUCAUUAACCUGGAAAUAGUGGAAAGUGAUCUGAAGUCAUCACUUGAUGGAAAGAACAGAGAGCUGAACCAAUCGCAGCUCCUUAUAUCACAGGUAAUGUACAUAAAUCUAUCAAUUCGCUAUAACGACUCGCUCGUUUCUUCCAACUUUUGGGUUAUGUGCCUCACAUAGUCUCUGUGUAAUUUAAUUUCCGUAUACUCAUUACUUCUGGUAAGUCAUUUCUCAUUAAACUUUGAAGUAGACAGCUAGGAUGUAAAAGUAGGCGGCGGCUUAACAAUAGAGUAUUGUAGACAAUUUCAGGCCUUCAUUCCUUAUUUUACUCCUUUUCCUCAAAAAGUACAGGGCCCAGUUGUUCGAAGGCAAAUUAGCGCUAACCCAGGGUUAAAUUUUUAACCCGGGUCUCUCUUUCUUUUCAUCAAAAGCAUUUUCUCGGACAAUUUUUUCUAUUCUUUUUAGAGUAGCCAAUCAUCAGAUUGUUGACAAAAAGAAUUGAACUGAAUUUGCUUUUUAAGCUUUCAGAUCUGAAUUCAAAUUUCAAACUAACCCUGGGUUAUCUUUACCCAGCUUUGAACAACUCGGCCCAGGGCUCAAACCUUAAAGUAGCCGGUUAUUUUAGCCGGUUGCCGGAAAUUAAUGAGAAUAAAUUUUUGCCCGUAGUUGGGUGUUACCUAGACUGCGAGUAUUCCCCAUUUUUCCUCAGGGAUAGCAGAGCGAGCGAAACGCGAGCGCUCGUGAAAAUCAUGGCACCGCGUGGGGUGAUUUUCAAGCGCGCUCGCGUUUCGCUUACUCUACUAUCCCUGAAGAAAAAUGGUGACUGCUCGUAGUCUACAUGUUUCUUGGUGUUGCGAAAAGUAUUGUUGAAUAGCUAUUGUGUUUUGGAGUGGGUACUGUUGAGUGUCUUUUCAAUCUUUUUUUUUUUUGUUUCUACUGUUGAUCACACCAGUACGAAACACCAAUAAUCUACGUCUCAGUAUCUCUAGCUGUCCUAGUCGUUAGUAGGUUGAUAUCUUAUCAUGGCUUUGCAUCAACCUGAUAUACUGUAUGUGUGUUUCCAUUAUCGAUAUCUUGACGUUAUUACGAGAAAAAAUAUGUGUUAAUCUCAUCUAUACCCUCCAAAUAAAAUUUGAGCGGUAAUCAGAGAACGUCCCUCAUAUAGUUUUCCUUAAUACCCCUUCUCGCCACAAGUUUACUCGAACGAAAUUUCCUUUCUCUUGAUCAAAAUUUCACUGUAAUUUACCCCGAUAACUCGAACUGUUUUUUGUUUCCCUUCAGAGUUCGAGUUACCGGGGUUCUACUCUAGUUACCUGGUAAAUUAUUUCGACAUUAAGAAAGGAGGAUUAUGCGGCAGUCUUUCCAUGGUUCCAUGCGGCCAUUUUUCGCGCUUCUUUGACGUUAAGUUAGCGUCCUUUUGUUUUUCAGCACGAAGCUAAGAUGAAGACACUUGAGGCAGACAUGAAGGAAAUGGAAUCAAAGAAGAGGAUUUUAGAAGAAGCUGUUGACUCACUGAAUGAAGAAAUAGCAAAACUGAAAGCCAAGGGUACGUAAUGUUGAUCGCGUGUUAAAGCUAAAGAGAUUUUUAAAACUUAAGUCUGCUUCUAACUCUUUGGAGGAAAGUUUUCCUUUGUAAGAAUUAGGUCUUUUCAUUGAGAAUUAGCGGAGAAUGAGUUGAGGUCUGCGAAGCGAGGACCACCUGAAACCUUGCUUUAUUUUGUAGCUCAAAUGCACGCCUUGGCGCUCAAAGACAAGGAAGAGGAACACGCCGGCUUGCUUCACGAUGCGGGUAAAAUGCAGGUAUGGUCCUUUUGCUCUUAAAAUAUAUUCUAUUUUCCCAGGUACUGGCAUAUGUAGCCUCAUGUUCAUUUCAUUCUUGCUGAAACGAACUUCAAGUUCCUAAAUAAAGUUUUCAUUUACGUACAGUAUUCGAAACAUAAGUUCCGUUAAAACAGACUUGAGCACAAAGAAAACCAAACCAAAUAUAGAAAAAUGGUCAGAAACCCUCAGAGUCAUGUUAGAAUUUUGAUAUAUCGAACGUGGGCGAUUGUUUUGUUGGACGCGUUCUGGUAUAUUUUAACAGUAUAAAAAUAUAUUUAACAAUUAUUCGCCGAAGGCGAAGUUAAGAUUGUUGAAUAAUCCCCGAGACGAAGUCGAGGGGAUUAUUCAACAAUAUUAACUUCGCCUUCGGCGAAUAAUUGUUUUAGUAUAUUCACACGAAGUGAUCUCAACAGAAUCAGAAAGGAAACCAUUAAAAAACGAUUAGUUUGAUUGACAGGUGAAUUCAUGCGUGAACACGAAGCCGUAACUCGUGGAUGCGCAAAAGUUAGAUCUUUACAGUAUCUUCAAACAUGGCAAAUGAUAGUUUUAAUCUUUUUGUUUCGAGUUUUGUAAGCUUUAGCAUCAACAGUUUAAAAGAAAUUUCCGAAAAUUAAAAUAACUACCCAAUUCUGAGAAGAAAAGUAGAGCUUUAUUUGUUUCUGUCAACUCACCGUGAAUGAGAAAGUUUUCUUUGUCACUUCUUGCAAAUGCUGUCAACAGCGGCUACGAUCAAGGUGAGCGUUGUUUAUCUCCAAUGUUCUUUGCCUUGUUAACUUGCUGGAACGUACAAUUUUCGGAAAUAUUUGCCUUCCUCUUUUCUCCAUAAAUUAACUUCCAUUUUGUUCGGGAACAUCCACAUUCACAACAUUCACAAUAAGAGGACUGUAUAAUUUAUUCCCAACUUUUCACCUUCGACGUACACGUUCUACAGUCAAUGUACACUCAACAACAAUAUUCCACAAUCUGCCCUUUCAACACGCGAUACAUAUGAUAAACAAUGACUCUGUUAUAUGCCUCAGCUAUAGAUUAUACAACUAAGCAUUUAUCUAUCAAUAUUAAUCAUGUCAUGCAGUCAUUGAUAUCCGGUUUAAUCCAUCGCGUGCAAACUCUAACGGUAAUUACAAUUUCGUGUCAUUUCCCUUAAAAUCACGCAACGUAGUGCUCGUUGCGUUACAAAAUGCGUACUAUUUCCGACACAUUUAUAGGGAAAAUUGGUCUUGCGAGAAAACCCCGAAAUCACAAAACAGUGACAAAGCGACCUCGUUUUCCUCUGUAGUGGUAAACAUAGCUUCGAGCGUACAAAAAGUCAACUACAGUAAACCACUUCACAAUAAAUCACGCUGUUUAAACACCAUGAAGUCUUUUCUUGCCUUCAAAGUCAUCAGCACUUGGAUAUUCGUGUAUUUUCAAAAAGGCCUGACUAUGAAACUUUGGCAAAACACCCAGUUCACGACAGCGAUUUUGUUCGGCUUAGGCGGUGAAUAUAACGUCAUAGUCCGAGAUAGCUAACCAAUCAGAUCGCUUGAAUUACCAAGAUCGCUGAGUGUGUAUAUACUAAAUGAAAAUAGGCUCGAUUUACAGCCGCUGUUCUUGAAAUGAGCCCGCGCUCUUCCCCCGAACAGACAGUCUUUCCUUGGGGAGGACCGAGAGAGAGCGGCGGAAAUUCCGGGUUCUCGGGCACAUGCGAUUUUGUUGGGUUUUUCCAAUUCAAAAGCCUGCUUUUCGCUAGUAGCGUCGACAAAAGAUGAUGCCAAUAAAGAAAUGUGCUACGUACAAGCGAGACUAAAGCUGAAAAUUUUCGAGUAUUGUGGUAUCAAACGAAAGGGACCUUUAACUUUAAUCGUUCUCAAAGAUCUUGCUAAACGCUCGAUUUAGUGUCACGAGUGGGAAAACCUGCAAAUGUCGUGAGAAAACUCUACAAACCAAUUAGAAAGCGUGACUUGGACCAAUCACGGGAAUAAAUUGCGAGCAGGCCCUUUGUUUUCCAAAACGCGCGAGAUCGGAGAUGCUAUCGCCUUUUACUUUUCACUUCUAGAAGUCGCUUGCAACUCGUGCUAAAACGUAGCACGUCAUUAACUUUAAACAAAAACAGACUGCUUGCAGUCCCCUUUAAACUAACAGUAGCUAACACCAGAGCUGCCCUCGCUGUAAAAGCCUUUGGAAAUUCACCCUUGAAUUGGAAUAUCCAUUUCAGACCAGACGCGCUAAUUCUUCAAUGAACCAAUUUUCUUGUCAAUAACUGUCUACUAAUUCGAAGAUAUUAAUAAAUAUUGAAAGCUCCAUUAAAGGCAAAGAGAUUCAGAAAACAACGUCGGCAAAGUUGAAAGUUUGGCAGGUGAUGUGAACUUAAUAGACACGUCUAAAAUUCUCCUCCUCGCAUUUCAGCGAUUUACAAAACUAAUAUGUUUACAGCAAGGCGUACCAUUUUUCAUCCUUUUGUCGAUUCUUUUUGCUUUUAUGGCCAAAACCUUUGAUUAGAAAGAAUUUUAACUAAGAGAAUCAAACUCCAUCGAACUUGUAACUUACAAUUGUUUAAGAAAUUAAAUCUGAUUCCGAAAAUAUCCUCGGAGGUUUUUUUAAUUGUUUUUAAAAAAUGGCUCAAACUCGUUGUUUACUCGUUGACACUAUAGGAAGACUGAUGGCUUAUCUAUGAUCGAUUACUUCGACUAGUGCGGGGACAGUUGAUAAUUAAUGUGAAAUAUUGCACAAAAACUUGAGAACUCUCUUACUUUAUAGUGAGACAUAACAAAGGUUUAAAAAGGAAUCUAAAUGACAGAUUUAAAUUUAGUUUGAAGUAAAAUUUCCUGUGUUUUACUUAAAGAAAAUCCCCCUAAAUUAUUUUCAUUAUUUUGAAAAUAGUUUUCCACCUCGCACUUUUAUGCAUAAAUCGUUAUUAAUUUUUUUUAACUUGUUUUGAAAAGCAUUUCAUGCAAACGAGAUGAAACAAUUUUCCUUAUUAAUUGAAAGCUUUUCUACUUGAAACAUUGAAACUAGUAAACGCUUCAGGGAUAAUGAGUUUGAGGCUUUUUAUUUAACUGAUAUUACACGAACAUCUCAAGUUCUAUAGACAAAUUUCAGUUAAUGUCUUUUCUGAAGGACCUUUUUACCCUACGUAUUUGAAUUGCAAAUUGUGUCGUAUUUUAUGAAGAUUGAACUUUUAGGGCAAAAAUACCAGUCAGAAAUUGUCGUGUUUAAAGAAAUGAAAAGCUCCAAGUGCGAAUCUCCGAUGAGAGAGCUUGGUUAGAAGGUUGCGUGAUUUUUUGCUAACCAUCAUGGGCAAACGUAUUUGUUAUUCUGCCAUGGGAUUCACAAACGACAAGUGUGGUUUGCGAUUGGGUUCAGAUUGUAGUGAGUCGUCAAUUGAGGAUAUUCUAGAUUCGUUAAACGAUGCUAUAGACGACAUCUUGCGGAAUGCUAUGCCACGGGUCAGUACCUUAAACUUACUUAUUUGCAAAUGUUGCCCUGUUUUGCCCUUGUCUCCUUGUAAGUCAACUUUGUGUUUUUGAAAGGCAAUUGGCGAAAAUCUAAUUCAUUCACCUUUCUUGUUCUACAAUACAAAGCCUGGACUAAAAAGACGAAAAUUGGCACUCAAUAAUCAGUACGUACCGGCAAUUACUUUAUUUUUCUCGUGGAAAACGUUUGCUAGAAAAAAGUUCUUUUAAAAAAUUUUGAUCCUUACAUCAAGUGAAAAUAUUACUCAAUAAUUUAUCAAAACAGAACACUUUUUUCCUUGACCGAAGUACCCUUCCACGCUAAUUUUGUGGUUGUCUAUGACUUGUUCCAUUUAAGGGGAUGUGGUUCCCUUUGCUUAAAGCUGCGUUACUUAGCAGAAAUUUUCUUUAAAAAAAACUUUUCUCAGAGCAGAGGCAAAAAAGAUUGUUUUUGUUUUCGCCAAUGUGUUAUGUUUACGUUUCAAUUUGCAUGUCAGUUUAAAGAUGCGAGGAUUAUUUAUAACUUAGGUUUUUAUGAAAAAAUAAUCAGUAUACGUCUAAUGUUAAAGGACCAGACACUAUUGGCGAUUUUUGUAAUUUUUUGUCAAGAUAGCUACUCGAAAUUCAAUUAAAAUUCGUUUUAUUUCUGAAUUAAUAUUCGUUAGGAAUGUUUUUUCUAGGAUUGCAAUUUGCAUUUUUACCACCACUGUGAAAAUGAACCUUAUGAAAACUGAACGGAAAUUGCAUUAUGAGAAUGUGUGUUUAUUCGAUCUUCUUUGAGAUUAAUAUUCUUUGGUUCAUGUUUGUUGUGCCUUUGUCGACAAUUAUAGUCCCUAUUUUCUCACUGUACUCCCCUAAUUAAAGUCUUCAAAUGCUUCUUCUCUUUUUCAAAUGGUUUUUGUGGGUGAAAAAUCACUAAAAUGGACUUUUAGCUGAAGUAGUCCAAUGAAGUACAUUGUUAAGGGUUUUGAAUCACUUUCGUUCUUAUGGACAUGAAAAGUUCAUUAACUAAUUCAGCGAUAGAGUAAAGGCCAUCGAAACGUGCCGAAUAGCCUGUUCCCUCCCCUUCUUCACUCGUGGUAAUCGCGUCCUCGCGAGGAUGUCGCGUUCUCGAGCACUCGGUUUCUUUCUUCUGUUUUGCACUUGCUUACGUCAGUUGAAAUACUCAUCUCAUUCCUUAGUCCGUUUUUUUUUUGUGUCGUUUCAAUUUCAAUAAGUUAUUUGAAUAAUUGCGUCCCGAAAUUUAGCCAAAUACAGGCCACCAAAUGAUCGAAGUGUAAAAGCAACUACUUAAAACUUUGAAGGAAAUUUAACCAACACAGCAAUACAAAAGAAGGUUUAUAUCUCGAUAUGUUAAAAACCGCCUGACUGCAGGUUCCGUGCAGUGCUUGUUUUACGCGGUAAAUUUCAUAGCCACUUAAUAUUAAACUCUUAAUGACUGGUCGCGAGGGAAACAGUUAAGUUUGUUUCCAGAAUCUCAAUGUUUCCCACAGCUCCGCCUCGGGAAACAUUGAGAUUCGAGGGGAACAAAUUGACUGUUUCCCAAGGGACCAGUCUUUAAGUGAUUUGUUAUAUAGCUGGAAAUUUUGAAGCUCGGAAUUCAUUAAACUUCGCUGUAACGGCGCUCGUCGGUCAACGUUCGCUGGUAACAGUGCACUGUUACACUCUGACGUCAUGGAUUUUGCAAUGUUGCCCGCUCAGAUAUUUCGGCGGGAAACAGUUUCAUUAUUAGAUGUCAUGUGACCUCGAAGUAACCAAUGAGAGCGCGCACUGUUGGCAAAAAAACUCCCAGGGUGGUUUCCGGUUUUCCUUGAGCUUACCGGUUUUCCCUUUCAAAUACGCCCCCUCCCUCUAACACCCCCCCUUUUUUUUUUCAGGUGAAUAAAGUUAAUAAACCCCUCUUUCUAAUAAGCACUUCCCCUCUCCUCCCCUAAUUAUUCUUCACUAAUAAAUGAUAGAGUUUAUUAAUCGUGUGGACAGAUCCGGGAUGGUUUAUUUACCAACUGGAAGUUCGGGUUUGUUUCUGAUCCUCGGCUGCAUGAACUCCAACCUUCUCGUACAUGAGCUUUUCCACUUGGUAUUCUAGUUCUUUAUGGAGAACUGAUACCAUCGUCUUUUCUAAAUUAAAUAAGUCCCCCUCUCAAGAAGCUCCCCUUCUCUAUUAAGCCCACCCCCCCUCCCUCAAAUGAUCUUGAAAUGAAUGAAGGGGCUUAAUAGAGGAUUUACUGUAUGCUGUUUCCUUGGUUUUGUCCCACGAUAAAUUUAUCCCUGAUAGAAGCGAUCAAAUUUCUUUAAGGCGCAGUAUAAAAGCAACCAAUGUGUAUGAUAUCGUAAGAAGAAAUUAAUUGUUGUUCACUCGCAUUUCUUGCAGUCUGCACUAGAGAAGCAAAUGAUCAGCCACAGAGAGGCCCACCAGAAACAACUUUCAGCUCUUAGAGACGAAAUUGAAUCACAGCAUGCUGUUAUUGCGUCCAUGAAGGAGUAAGAUUGUCCCAAAUAACCUUUUCAUAUUUACACUGUUGUUUUUGUAAUAGCAUGCGAAUUCGCUUCCCGCCGUUGGGACGUUUUGCUAAACUUUCUCAAAGGCGGGUAAGCCAUUUAAUUUUAUUUUGAUAAGAACACAACAUCAGUUUAUCUGAUCGUGUGAGCUAGCUUUUCUCAGGACCAUAAUUGAGUGAUUGGAUGCAAAUUUGCCUAGUCCUUGGGCCUCAUUAUUGCGCUCGACCGAUGCAUUUCAGGUCACGUGGUCCGAGAUACAUCACCGAAAUGCAUUACAAAUGAUGUCAGUUAUGGGGACCUUUGCUUGACAUCUGGAUUAACGAACUUUCAAAGAAGCUUUUUUUUUCCUACUCACUAGUGUAUCCCUGUUUACAGUAUGGAGCAUGUAGCUGGGAAAAAAUAUAUUUUACACGAUUGAGAAAAGUAUCAGUGGAAAGGUUACGAGAAUAAAUAGAAAGAGAACCAGGGAGUAAAUUCUUUGAUCUUUUAACAAAUUUUCUCUAUGGAGAUUGGUGUGGAGAAUAUGUUAGGAAAAACCUUCAUGUUGGUGUUAACAGGGUGUCCUCACUUUGUAAGCGACAUUUUGAUAUCUCUGCAGUGAUAUUUCAUAACUUAAGAAUUUUUUUUCCUGUUAACCCAACAUUCUUUUUUUCUCUUUAGAACCAAUCAGAAGCAAGCUUUAGAGAGGGACCACCUCAUGGUUAGUGCUUCAUGUUAUUAUGUCAUUUAGUAUCCAUAGACGAAAGCAUUCAAUAUUUUGCUGUCUAUCUUUUUUUAUGUGCUAAGAUUAGUUUGCUAUGAUAAUGCGCUUUUUUGGUUUGAGAUCAUGUUCUUACAUUUCAAUUCGUUUUCUUUGUUCAGAUGGAGAAUCAGGCCCUCAAGAGGGAACUUGAGGAGAAAUCAGUCAGAUUGGCUGACUUGAAGUAAGUCAUUUCAUUUCUCUUUUGUCCGACUUCAUUUUCGACUGUGGUAAAAUACUUUUUAUCUCAUUAUGAAUUAAAUGACUCGACAGAGAUGCCUUUAUCGUAUUUGUCUACGCGUUGACAUUGUUACUCGCUAGUAUAACAAUUUCGUCUUAUCCUGUUUAUAUAUAUAUAUUUUUUUCGUUUAGUGUACAAGCUGAGAAGAGAGAGCAAGCAAAGAAGGAUCUGAAAGGCCUUGAAGAGACUGUCGUAUGUAUCUCAAUGCCUGUAAUAGUUUGCUGUCAAUACCACUCCCUUGCGGCUCGUGCGGCUCGUGCGGCUCGUGCGUCUGUUAGUUCCAGUUGAACUUUGAACAUUUGGAUGCCGACAUUUCAAUGUUCCACAAGAGUGUGGACAAUGGCAAUAGUGGUCGAUUUGUUAAACAGUGUCCCUAACGAUUUCUAUUAUCUUUUUCUUGCACUUUCUACGAAAAUCCAGUUCCAAAUUCACUAGCAGAACCACUGUUCUCCGACACUUUCACUGCUGCAAGUGGGCUUAACUAAUAACUUGAUUACUAAAUUAGGAGACAGCUGACAUCUCUAGGGUGCUUGCUUUAUUUCAUUUUCUCACACAAAAGUAGUCACUAUAUUUCUUUCUUAACUUAGAGGAUUUUUGUGAUUUUAAUUUCAGCAUAAAGAACUCGCGACACUCUACCGACUUCGGCAGUUGUUUGUCAAAGAUUUACAAGCUCGUUUAAAAGUGGUAAGUUACAUUUAUCGUUUGUCAUCCUUGACAGCAUCAGACGAAUUCACUUCCCGUUUUCCACAGACUGGUUUUCUAUAAGAGAAUGUUCAUAGCUUCUACCUUUUUCUUUCUUCAACUUUGUCCAAACGACUGCUUUAAGAGCCUGUUCAUAAGAGCUCAGUUAUCAAAUGUUAUAAAUUUUAUUAUUUUGCGCUCAGUAGAGGGAUUAAUUAACCUCGUUCAAUAAAAAUAACCGUGCUAACGUUUCGGGUGAAGAGGGUGUCUUUUUUUUUUAGAAUACAAGAAAAAAACUUAAAGCUAAAUCUCUUCCUCGCAGUCGUCCUCGUCCUUGAAUCUAAAGAUUUGUAACAAAAUUACCCGACAACGAUCGCCUUUGUAUGCAUUUACAAGUUUUAACAGUUGUGUGGAAACAAAGAUAGGAACGGCGGUGAAAUUUCCUCCGCACGCGCGUGCACAAGCUCGACACGCGUGUUGUCUCUUGUAAACACGUAAUUAAUUGACUUUCUUUCUGUUUGUGUGUUUGUUUUUCCAGACCAAUGUGGACACUGACACAGAAGAGGAAGGAGGGAGCCAAGCACAAAAACAAAAGAUUGCUUUUUUAGAGAAUAAUUUGGACCAGCUAACGAAGGUCCAUAAACAAGUAAGUGGUUUUAAAUUAUAUCUUAAGUUUUUGCUGUUCCGAUUUCAGUUGAGAUAGUUCUUUUCAAAUUUUGUAAAAAUUAUACUUAAAGUCCUUUUCAAAUUAUUGUCUCCACUUGUUGAAAGUGCUGCAAUCUGAAUGUCGGUGUAUGUCUUAGUUUUGUUUUAGUUUUAACUUCCGUCCAGUUUUUGUUAUUGUUUUAUUGAAUUGAUAUGGAAAUCUCUCAAGUGCUAAAUGCAGGACUAAUUUUUCUACCUGACAAAAUCGUGUAAAUUUCUCUGAUGCUAUCCCGGGACCUCCUUAGUGAAUGAAUUUUUCAAUAAUAUGAUAGAGUUGACUUAAAACAGAAAAAGAAAGUAGAAAACUCCCACCAAAUUCACUCUACCAUUCAAUUGUAAUUCGCUGCAUAUACUUACUGUUUUAAAAAUCGAAAACGACCUGCAAAACGAAAACAUGUAGGAGAUAAUCUGGUCUCGUUUGGACAGUGAACUCUAUCUAUUCACAAAUUAUUUGACAACCGGCUUUAAAAAUGCGACAAGUUCAGAUGCCUGGGCUUUUUAAAAAUUGCUUUAGCUCAUACUUGCCGUUUUGCACUAAAAAGUUCUCAGUAAAUCAACAAGACUAUCGCGUAAAUUUGAAAAUAGGAAAAAACGGAAAGAAACCGUUUUUUUUUUUGUCAAGCGACUGUUUUACAUUGGCUAUUUAUCCUUACUUAAUAUUACACUCUUACAAUUGUACCUUGUUUUGAUAUUAUACAAGGUAAACAAAGAAAUAAUAUAGAUGUUGCUUCGCGUGGUCCCAGGAGUGCCCGACGCAACUACAUGCAGAGCGAAAAUAUAAGUUUUCAGAGAAUAACAAACAGUUAAAGGAAUUUCACGCACGAAGCGAUUCAGACUAGUCCGAUGAUCGCUCAGUGUGUGAAACUCGAGUAACUGUCUUAUUUCCUUUCUCAAAAUUUGUAUAUAGUAAAAAGGUUUUAAUCGCAUAAAUGUUUUAUUCCAAACAGCUACAGGCGUUGAAGAAAGGGAAGCUUUUGAAGCAACAAAUCAACGUUCUCUCACUUGCAUAUUAGUUAUUAUGGGAAAUUAUUUUGAUAUUUUCUCUUUCCUUUUUUUUGGUAAUUUUGGUUUUACGAAAAUGCUCUAUCUAAGAAUUUCUAAGAGAGAAAUCCAUUGUCUUCUCUUUGCUGGGGUCACAUUUAAGUCUUUUUAUUGGUUGUCUACGUCUUUGUGUGGAGAUUUUAUGUAGGAAAGAGUGCAACAUCAAUUAAUCUUACCUUCGAGUGACAAUACGGAUUGUUUUUGUAACAAUAUGUUGAGAGUUAAUACUUACAUUUUCCAGUGUAAUUGAAUUAGAGAGUUGUAUUGGAUGGGUUAAAGACGUUCCAGUAUAUUCCCAUUUUGGUAUUAAAAUAUAGAAAUUCAGGUGGACUUUUAAAAACCUCUAAAUAUAAGCUGUACCACGAACGGUGGGCGAAAAUUAGCUUUCAAGAAUAUUUAAAUGAAUUUUUUAAACAUGGAUUUUGUAUUUAACUGAAUAUGGGUUGUAAGUUGUUAAUAAAAUGAAGUUUCAUAUCACUGAGUGAAAUUUUUCCCUGGACGAGAAAAAAAACCGAGAACACCCUUAGAGAAAGUUAAUGGCAGAAACACCUUUUUAUAGUUUUUGGUUGAAAGUACCAGCUUUCUCGAUGUCUUUUUAGUCUAAAUUAAGAAUGUUUUCUUAAAUGUAUUCUUUAAAACAUGCGAUUAGCGAAAUUUCACUUCUGAGUCUAAGUUAAAAGAACCCUUUGCGUGAAUGAAAAGCUACUAGGUUCAGUGUAGCGCAACCGAAUUUCAAAUUUUUGAGAAAACUGGUGCAGCACAAAGUUUUUAUAUAGAAUCAAUAUUGAUCACGUACCUGAGUUAAUGUUGUUAACAGUAUUGGACUGAUGCUAUCGUAAUCCCCUUCUUGCAGUCCGUGUGGCGACUCAGUGGUAAUUAAGAUAAGUGCCUUGCCUUCUGUUUUGAUUUUAAUCCGUUUAAUUGUUUUUCUGUUUCACAGCUCGUUAGAGAUAAUGCCGACCUUAGGUGUGAACUGCCCAAGCUAGAGAAGCGCCUGCGAGCAACGCAAGAGCGGGUGAAAGCAUUGGAGCAGGCGCUGAAGGAGGCUAAGGAAGGAGCGCAGAGGGACCGGGCACGAUACCAGAAGGAAGUAGAACGAAUCAGAGAGUCUAUGAGACAGAAGCAAGUAGCGGCUAGAAAAGGCGCUCAGGGACAUAUAGGUAACAAGCAGAUGAAAACAUUGUUUUUUAUCGUCUUAGGAUGUUUUCAGUUCUUGUUAGUCUGGGUUACAAUGGUGCUUUAAAUGUUCACACGUAAAAACCUUUGGCAAACUUAGAACCACCUCGUCCAGAAUACUGUAUAUCCCUUUUUGAAGAAACUGCUCAGUAAUUUUCUUUUAAAUGGUCAUUGUUUAGGUUUAUCCACAAGGUCUAGUCUAAAAUGUCGCCCGUCUCUUCACCCCACCCCCCAACGGGCGGCAAGUCUCUCUUGCCUUGCUGCCCGUAGAGGGCGGGGUUGGGCGAAGAGAAGGAUGACAUUUCAGACUACCACAAGGUCACGAUUUACUGUCGUCUUUUACAGCAUAAGAAACAAUUCCAUUGGAAAGUAAUACUCAGUAGCUUUCAUUUGCAUUCUCCCGUUUUAGGAUUUCACACCCAGACUUCAGUGUUAGAUUUGACUUGUACAUCAGCAUACAUCAUAAACAGACAAUACUACUUAGUAGCUCUCAUUUAUGAAAAGCUUUACCCCUCAUGCAUGCUUAACAUUUAGAACACCAUGGUCGACUAAAACAGCUCAGUCUACCUGAAAGUACCUCUCAUUUCAUUUCAACGGUCACAUUAUGGCUCCUGGGGGCCGUUUCUCGAAAGUCCCGAUAAUUAACGGGCUCGGUAAGCUGUUCCCGUUUACAUUAAAGAUCGAGGUUUCAAUAGUUUUGCAUGUAACAUGAUAAAACUAUCAGUUAAAGAAACAAAAUGGAGUAGUUUGCUAGCCGGGACCCGUGCUCUUAUUUUUUAUAUUUCGAUUUGAAUAUUUGAUUUCGGGCCCGAAAAGUUACCGGGACGUUCGAGGAACGGGCCCCUGGUCGCGUUAUUAAGAGGCGUCAUCCUUACAAGUCGAAACUGUAUUCUUGGUUUACAACUACAUGACAAGGUGUCAUGUUAGAGGUCAAGACAACGCAAUGUCUUUUUGGGGGGGGGGAGAGGGGGCAGGGGAAACGCUUUUGUUCUAAUCACCAACAUUGUAGUCUUCUUCGUAACUGCUAAUUGUGUAAUCACGCAACGAUCCUCCUCACUGGGGAAAGCGUCACGCAACGAUGCGCGACGACACAAAAAACCCGACUGCAUAGGAGACUACCAACAUGGCUGCCGUGGGGUCAGCUGCAAAGCAGCGAUUGAAACAAUCCAUCGUAUUUCACUUUUUUAUACAUAGUAUAAUUUCGUAUUUUUAUGUUCCAGCGAAACCCAUUCGUCCUGGACAGCAACCCACGUCUCCUAACGUCCGUCCCGGAAGCAGUCCCGGCAUUGGUAGCGCCUUAUUAGGAAUGACACGUCUGGCUGGCGGAACAGUCAUGGGCUCUAACGUUCCCAGCAGUCCAAGCACGCCGAGCCUACCCAGUUCCCCAAAUGGCGCCACUAUUGUGACGCCGGUUAUUCGUGGCGGGAAAGGCUCGGAACCGGUUGUCACCUACAGUAAGAGGAUACGAAAUGCAGUCAGUACGGAGUCGCUUAAUCGUCCAUUACCUCAGGGGAGCCCUAGGUAUGACUUUGUUGCUUACAUAUUAGAUUUUUAGGCCAUUUGCAUGAUGACGUUAUGUUGCUACUACUGCUAGCAGAAUGGAUUGCCAAGUUUAAAUAUGAAAGGAAAAAUGAUAUGGAGUCUGUCACUUGUAGUGGUAAGAUGAAGCCAUCGUGCAAAUUGCCAAUUAACGAGCUUUAGUAGCGACAAAACCGACAGCAGCGAAAACGUCGGAAUUCGCCUUAUUCAAACUUUGUCAAGUUUAAACCAUCUCGCCAAGAAUGUCAAAUGUAGUUGUAUUUGCCUGGAGUUACGUUUUUGAAGACCGCAAUCCAAAUGUAAAAAGAGAGAGAAGAUUCAUCUUUGAGUGGUUUACUUCCUCCAUAAAACAUCGCACAAGAAAAUUUCACAUCGUAGUCGUGAAAGUCGGUUACACGUACGACAUUGUUUAUGUUGAGCUCACUAAGACAAUCUGCUCUUUUCAAGUUCUCGUCGCCCUCGCCGUCGUAGUCGUCGCCGUGGCUAAAGCUCCAUAUUUUUGCGUACUCAAAAUAAUAAACUAUUAUGAAUCCUGAACUAACUAGUUUAUUACCCAAGACACCAUUAAAUUCUUAGCUAGAAGAAAGCGUCGCAAUACUCUGUUGAAAUACCGAAAAAAACUUAAAACCUUUCGAGGUGGGGAAGGUGAAAGGGAAACGGAGCUCGCUACAAGAAGAACUAAUCAAAGAAAUAAUCGCCCACAGCCAUCAUUAAGUUAACUAUGAACAGUUUCCAAUUAACUAUUAAGAAAUCUCCCGAACGCGGUGAAAAACGUUUUAUUGACAUUUUGAGGUCGCGUGUGUGUUUGGGUAGGGGCUGUGCCGAAUUGCACCAUGGGACUGUUUCGUAGACGAUAUUGGUUAUUAUGAGGUUGCGCGGGAAACUGGUUCAAACUGAUGCGUCCCCCAAAACAGUCCCAUAGACAAUUCGAUACGACACCGAAUCAGUCCUCCUUCAAAUGACCAAUACGCUGUUUCUUCGUGCAAAGUUGUGAUCAUAUAGUUUAAGGGUUUUCUGUCUUCGCACCGUCGCUUUUGAAUGAAAUACCGAAAAAUACUCGAAUGUACUUUUCCUGAUUUUGCGCUCUUUGAGAUGUAGAUUAUCUUACUUCAGUGCGAAUUUGCUCAUUUUAGUCUGUUUUAUUGAACAGUUGACGGAUAAAUGAGUCUGGCGCAACAAGAUUAUUGUUCUUUUCCUCAUUAUCAUUAUUAAAGUGAUUAGAAUCAUGUUUACGGCAAACGGUAAACGUUAACCUGUACCACGUCGCCAAGUUUUCACUAGUCCAUUACCGGUUAUUAUAUCUACACAGGAAUAAAUAGUUUCAUUCCCGGAUUAUAUAUAAGAAUAAUUUUAGAUAGUUUUUAUUUGUUUAUCUCUCCUCUGCAUUUUGAGAAAUUGGCAACUUGAAUCUCACCUUCUUGUUUUGCUGGAAACGUGAUUUUAAGCUUUCUAUAAUUACUAUUUUUAUUUGUGUUGUCCCACGUUUUCUUUCACCUUGGACGCGCUUCUUUGAAUAGCAUUGACAGUAGUCUUCAUACCUGUUAAAAUCCCCCAGAGGUGUGGCUUGAACUGGUAUUUAAACUGGUACUUUUAUUCCGUGAAGUCAACAAUGGUGAACGCUCAGUUGAAACAUGCGAUCGCGGUUUUAUGCGUCGUUUUUCCUUUUUUACGAAUGUUCAAGUCUGCCGUUAUACCUGGUGGCAUCACAAAGAUUGAGCAACAUGACUUGUGCAGGCAUAAAGAGCUUCUGGAGGGACUUAACAAAGUUGUGCGCCUAGAAAACGCGAAACAACCUAGACCAGUCUUCAAGUUUGUUUAUCUUCCUUACACGCUUGAAGCAUCGAGUCAAGUUGUUCAGGGAUCAAUCUACCGCGCCAGCGUAAAACUUGCGCCUUCAAAAUGUAGAAACGAUUUGAACGAGACGAGGGAAGGCAUCGAGGCCUGUGGGUUGGAUUUUUUAAACCCCAGCGUUUUACAACAGGAAAAGUCGUGUACGUUUGAGAUAUGGUCUCGACCUUGGCUGGCAGAGCCAGAGCGUUUGCUGGUGCAGAAAGCCGAGUGUAAACCUUCUACAUCUGGGCAAGCGCAGCCGUAUCGCAUUCGUUGGACUAUGAAAGUAAACAUUAAACCUCUUUGCAACCUACUGGUCGCUCCUCCGACUAAACCGUGAUUGAAAACGUUCUUUCGAGAUCUUGAGAAACAAAAAUGACUUUUGCGUUUAUAGACAAAGUGCCUUUGUGUAACCAUUUUUAACUGGAAAAUGUAAAGGAAUACUUUGUAUCUGUGCUGUGGGUUUUGCUGUUCAGUUGAUUGUCAAUGUUAUGGUAAAAUUAAAUUUAAAAAAACACUAUCGAAACUUGCUGUGAUGUUGUGCGGUAUUUUGCGCUCUACGUUUUACAAACUGUUUAUUUUGUUGUUCUAACCUUUGAGUUUAUGGAUGAAUUGGUAAUUGUGACCAUACAGGUAAAAGUAAAAGCAAACCAUUUUUUCUUUCCUGUAAUAUUGUUUAUUGUGCCGUACAAGAUGGUUUUAACUUUUGAAUCUUUCGAUGAAACCCAACCGCAAAAAGUGAAACCAUACGGCGUGGCCAUUCAUGUGAAAGCUACUUAAGUAGCUGAAUCAUGUGGAAUUUUUUACUAUUAUUACUUAAUGUGUGCUUUUUCACUUUAUUUUCAUAAAUAUCCUGCACGUUUUCGCCCGAACAUUAGCUUUUGGCGUCUUGAUGACAAAACCUUUAAGUGUUCAGCUCUUUAUCUCCCGGUAUUAACCGAUUUUUGAUCGGAGUAUGCAAUGAUUGGCCCUUUUAUAUGUGAUCUGGUGACCGCACUUUUUCGAGGAAAUUAUUUCUGGUUUUCUUUUCAGUUUGAAUGGUGGAAAUCCGUCACCUGAUUACGAAAGAAGGCGUGGUUCCUCUGGUACAGCUAUCGGAGGAGGUAACUCUUCCAACGCGCACAUGCGCACUGCAGCCAGCGUAGACCGGCUCAAUAUAAUGGGCGAGGGCAAUACUGGAAGGAAAUUGCCUUCAAUGCCUGAUUCAAUGCAGAGAUCACCGAUGAAGAUUUCAGGCCGUGAAGGUGAAAUAGCCGCGUUGAAGAGGAGCAGCAGGCGGUCUGCUUCAUCGCACAACUUAGUUAAUAGUACGGAAGGUAAGAAAAGUUUCCUUUUUUCACCAACAAGUAAUGGUGUGCCGAUCAUCGAUCGAAAUUUUUAAGCGACACGUUAAUCGAUCAUGAAAAAUAAUUAAUCGGUUAUCAUAAGAACAAUGAAAUUUCUUGUUGUCAUAUGAAGAAAACUUGGGUGUUGUCACCCGAAAGCACAGAAAAAAUUUUUAGCUCUAGGUAGAAUCGAAGUCACGACCCUCCGAAUUUGGUAGAUUAGUCUAACCACUGAGCAGGGUCGAAUCCACUGAUAUCCCUUUAAUUAACUGAUAUGUUUUUGUCGUGUUGUAAAACUCGGUACAGCGGCCGUCCUAAGUUGAAUUCUUAUAAAGAGAUUUUUCCGAUUACAAUCGAUGACCGAUCAGGUGGGUUAAUCCGAUUAUUUCCGAUGAUCGACGUCAAGUCUCAGCCCAUUCUUAACAUUACUCGUAAGAACGUUGAGCCAAUCAAGGUUGCAGCUAUCAAAUCGAACGUGACACCGACAGACGUUCUAGUCCUAGCAGAGUCCAUGAUGAUAGUUUAACCUUAAGUCCCAAGAGUGAUCAACAUCAAGUUUCUCCUUACAGUAUCAGUACAUUAUCAAAAGAAAAGGUUAUGAGAUUUAAUAAAAUGAUCACCUCAGGAAAAAGCUUUGAAGUUUUAUCAAAUUCUCUUAACUAAUUUUUUUAAGGAAAUGUAUGGAGAUCAGUUUGGAGAAUUUGUAUGUGGAUAUUGGGGCUGAAAGGGUUAAUGACCUUUGCUCCCACUGGUCUCCAAGUAAGUGGAGAACUGGGGUGCAUACCAUUUACUCAAACCACCCGGGUAGGAAUUGGUGCACAAACAAAAAACUACAAAAUUUGACAAGGUGGGAGAACGACCCGCUACAAAGUAUAUCCAGAUCAGCACAACAGAUCAAAAAGAGUAGAAAAAUUGCAUCGCCUUAAAUCACACCCCAUAUCUCCUGAAGCUUUCCGAACUGAAGGGCGCGAACCAUUUGAUUUUCCAACCUGAAUUUCCGGUUUUCCCAAGUAAGUGACACGUACCCCGGGUCUCACAUCUGCUGAAAGAGCUUUGUUACGGGUAAACGCGCGGGUGCUGACUGGUUUAACAGGCUAACAAUUUGAGAGCCUGGUACAGGUUGUCGCUAAUCAGUCACUUCUCACUCUCCAAACAGGUGGACCAUGGGAAAUGAGGAAACAAUCAAGUUCUUAG